AUGACAACUCCCGCUAAGCUAAAGCUCUUGCACGUCAUCUCGCCAACAUGGGCUAUGCGGAAGAUGGGCGACAAGCCAAGGCUGGAGUUGAGAAGAAGCGACGGGUCUGCCUGCUGGGUACGACCGAAAGGAGACCAACGACCCACAUUCUCCAUCGGAACUACCGUCGCUGAACGGCAUCGCAUUCGACCGGAGUUUCGACACCUCGCUGCAGCCGGCCUGACUUUCAAGCGAUUGAGAGACAAGCUCGAACAGCGCAGGGCAUCGUCGAGUGACAAGCUCAAGCUCUCGCGCGCCUCGCUAUCGAACCUCUCAAACUUGCCUGACGAUAUGCGAAACUUGGACGCCUCGCAUCGGUGCGGAGACGCCCGGUGCUUCGCUCCCGGGCACAUUGCGUGGGAGGACCACGCGUUGAACACGAAUCGCGACGCCUGCAUCGGCGACUCGCAAAUGACAUGUAAUCACUCCCCCAGCUGCAUUCGCGGUGCGAUCGUCCAUCAGGUUACGGUCAAGGGUACGUCGACACGACCUGGACGACGACGGAAAGGAGUCCCGCCGCCAUCGGCGUACGGAGGCGACACGCCGGCGCCGGAAACGCCGACUCGAACUUCAACCAAAUCCUCCUCGUCGGUCGCCAAUGCUCCCGCCCUCCCUACACCUCCUCUUACUCCUCCCCCCACCCUCGCGAACCAGCUCCCUUCGCUUGCCGAUCCCUCUCGUUCUGCCGCCGGCCGCCGACCCUCGGUGUCCUCGCCCGCAUCUCGUCGCUCUCUCUCGGCAUCGACCGCCUCGUCCCACUCCUCGCGCACCUCUCGAGCAUCGUCAGAGCUCUCUGUCGUACCGGACUCGGAAGACGAGGACGCAUGGGAGGCUUUCGAGGAGCAGGAGGACGAGGGCGAGAAGGUGGCAGUCGAACUCGAAGCGCGAGUGUCGAGCAAGCGGCGACGCAGCGUGGAGGUUUUGGACUUGACGGAAUCGGACGACGAGGAUGUUGAAGUGGUUAGGGCGGAAGACGGCGGAAACGACGCAAAAGUCAGGGCGAGCGAGGAUCGGGACGAGCGCCGGAUGAAGCUUCAUGACGAGGUUCAGCAUCGCCGUAAGCGCCUUUUCGAUCUCGUCAGCGCUGAGCUGGCGACGCUCGAGCGGCCUAGGAAGCGCCAGCGCCAUACGCCCCCAAUCACCGCACGACUCGCCGUCUCUGUCCGCCGUACCCUCCGCAAGAUUGGGAUGGUGCGACUCUUUCGGGCGCAUCGGCCUCUCGAAUCGUGGGUAAAGGCUUUCAAGGGUUGCUGGAGAUGGAUCGAGUGA